UCAUGAAUAAUUAAUUGACGUCGUAAUCUGACGCAACCUCCGCUCUGAGAUUCUGCUCCCGGUGCGAAGGGCAGUGUAGUAAUUCGGAUUCGGUUAAACCUUUCACCUCACAAACAAAACCAACAGCAAGGUCCGUAGCAAACAGCUGCCAUGCGGAGCUUGUUCCUGUUCCCGCUGCUCGUGCUCCUGCUCUCCGGCGCCUCUGCGCGCUUCGAUGACUUUGACGAAGGUGAUGACCUGGUGGAGUUCGACGAUAAUGACUUUGCCGAGUUCGAGGAUGUGAGCGAGGACCCGCCAACCGAGCCGCCGGCACGAACCGUCACCACAGAGGAUGAUGAGGACGAAGCCACUGUAGAGGUGGAGGACAACCAGGAGGACUUUGAGGACUCUGAGACACCGGAUGAAGACAUCUAUAAGUACGAUGCAGAGGAGUUUGAAGGUUUUGAGAAAUCAAACCCUUCAUUCAAUGACCCCAUCAACAUCCUCACGGUGCCCUCUCAUCUGCAGAACACCUGGGAGAGCUACUACAUGGAGAUCCUGAUGGUGACCGGGCUGCUGGCUUACAUCAUGAACUACAUCAUUGGCAAGAACAAGAACAGCCGGCUGGCCCAGGCCUGGUACAACUCGCACAAGGAGCUGCUGGAGAGCAACUUCGCUCUCGUGGGGGACGAUGGGACGAGCAAGGAAGCGCUAAGCACCGGGAAGCUGAACCAGGAGAAUGAGCACAUCUACAACCUGUGGUGCUCCGGGCGGGUGUGCUGUGAGGGCAUGCUCCUCCAGCUCAAGUUUCUGAAGCGCCAGGACUUGUUGAAUGUACUUGCCAGAAUGAUGAAGCCAGCGUGUGACCAAGUGCAAAUCAAAGUAACACUGAAUGAUGAAGAUAUGGACACGUUUGUGUUCGCUGUUGGCACGAAGAAGGCAAUGGCCCGGAUGCAGAAGGAGAUGCAGGACCUGAGUGAGUUCUGCAGUGACAAGCCCAAAUCAGGGGCGAAGUAUGGGCUUCCAGAGUCUCUAGCGAUCUUGUCUGAGUUGGGAGAGGCAACUGAAGGAGUUAUGGACAACAAGAUGGUGCAUUUCCUCACCAACCAUGCCGACAAAAUCGAGUCCAUCCAUUUCUCAGACCAAUUCUCUGGUCCAAAAAUUAUGCAAGAGGAGGGUCAGCCUUUAAAGCUGCCAGAAACUAAGAAGACCCUUUUGUUUACAUUUAAUGUGCCAGGGAUGGGAAACACGUCUCCCAAGGACAUGGAGGCCUUGCUGCCCCUGAUGAACAUGGUCAUCUUCAGCAUCGACAAGGUCAAGAAGCUGCACCUCAACAGAGAGGGAAAGCAGAAGGCUGAGAAGAACAGGGCUCGAGUGGAGGAGAACUUCCUGAAGCAAACCCACGGUCAGAGACAAGAGGCAGCACAGUCCCGCCGUGAAGAGAAGAAGAGAGCUGAGAAAGAGAGGAUCAUGAGCGAGGAGGACCCUGAGCGACAACGCCGCCUAGAGGAGGCAGCGCAGCGCCGGGAACAGAAGAAGAUUGAAAAGAAACAGAUGAAGAUGAAGCAGAUUAAAGUGAAGGCCAUGUAGCCCGAGCCAGCUGCACGUUGCAGCCCUCUUUGUGUCCCUGGGUCCCUGGGACUGCCUCCACUCCCAUUGAGACGUCACUAGAGCUUCUGCAACUGGCCUCACUAACCCUGCUUUACUCUACUGUUUCAGAAGUUUAGAAUGGAGUCCUGGGACAACUCCACCACAGGGUAUGCUUCUCUCUGUCUCUUUCUGUCUGUGUCACUCAGUAUCACACUUCAGUGUCUGUACAUCGCAGGUAAUGUUUUUUCACAGAUAAGAGUGGGAUUAUUUUGAUAAACUGGGGAGGGUUGGUAUAAGAUUUCCAAAGCUUUAUUUCUGUUUUAUUUUUUAUUUGUUAUUAUGCCCUCUGGACAAGAUGUGUAUAUAUAACUAUGGUGGUUCUCACACAAUAGUGACCUUUGGUUUUAUAUAACCCACAUGUUAAGCUAUUUGUGUACCUGCUUAAAACUUAAAUAAAACACUUGAGUAUGUUUGUACAUGUGUGCAUGUAUACUGAUUUCAGGGGAGGUAUGUGCUAAUAAUUACAGUAGAAUUGGAAGCUGCUGUUUAUGCAUUGUGAUUUAGCUGCCUGUUCAUUUCUAUCUUGGCUGGUUUGAGGCUGUGCAUUUUAAAUACACAAGCUUGAUUAGUUCCUGGAUGAUGGAUAGUUGCAUUCUGUAUAGACAGUACAAAGGGCAGUGAAGAAUGUAAGCCAUUACAACAUUUAUGAUUUUUGCUGCCUAAUUUAUACAGAAGUUAAUGAACACGAGUGUGUGUGUGGAAGUGGAAGCGCUGUGUGGCAUUCCUGGGAUUCUCUUCCAGAGGGGCAGGCUCUCGGCUUCAUAUGCUCUUUCUGUGUUGCAGCCAAAAAGAUGAUUUGGAAUGAAAUGUUAAUGAAUCUGUAGUCACAUUGGAAAUGCAAAACCUAUAACUGAUUAAAGCAAUUGUAAUAGUUGGAAUUUUAAUUAAAGUUUUUUUUUUUCUGAA